AUGUUAGAGUUGAGCCAUGUUAUUUCUUUAUGGGGCAUUUCUUCUGAAGCCUCUCGUGGAGGGAAGAGGGAGCAGCUGGACGAGCCAAAACUUCUCGAAGAGAAUGGCAGCUUCUUUCCAGUUGUGAUCGCUCCUUUUCUAACAAUCUAUGCAGCACUAAUGGUGAUAAUUGGACGUCGAGAGAUUCAACAGGAAGUUGAUCAGAAGCAGUUAGCCUUGAAGCACGUGAAUCCCUAUGACAAGAAGAUAGACAUCGAGAAGGAAUCAGCCAAAAAACCAGGAGUUCUCGAUGUCUAUUGUAGCUUAAUCUCCAAUAAAAUCUUCUCAUCCGCUGUAAUAGCAGGUCUAGCUGUGUACUGGUACAUUUCGAUUAUUGGAACCCUUAAUAUCAAAGCUGAGCUUACCCCAAGUAAGCUGUUCCUAGCUGACUCGGAUUUGGCCACGGUUGAUAUUUUCGAAGCUCGUAGAAACUUCAUUACUCCUUACUACAGUGUGUGCUGGAUCCUCGUCGAAAAGCCUGGCGAUGUUAUGAAUCAGACCCAAGCACGACGAAUUCAUCGAAUGGUUUCAGAUUUUGAAAAUCUACCGAAUUCCGUUGGUCAAUACUCGACGAAAUUCUGGAUGAGAGAUUAUGACGAUUUUCGACGACAAGCUGAAGAGCUCGAUAUUCCAGAAGAAUUUGCCGAAGAACCAGAAGUUGCUAUCGAGUUUUCGCAUAAUGGAAGCGCUCUCGUGCCUGCCAAAUCCACCUCUGAGGGUAACGAAUUGAAACAAUUCUUGGAGUGGCCGGAAUUUUCAUUUUGGAAAGGGUUUAUACAACUCGAGCAUGUCAAGGAGAGCCUUGAAACCAGCAGUUAUUAUCAACAGUGUGAUUUCAGCAACGAAUACAAAGUAACUCGAUUCUUCUUUACCACCGCAUUUCAUGGUGAAGAUCUCAAUGAAUGGUCUAAUAGAGCACGUCUUCUGAAUCAGUGGCGAAAUCUUGCCGACAAUUAUUCCGAUCUCGGUGUUUCGAUCUAUGAGGAAGAUGCUAAGUUCCUGGAUCUCAUCGAAACUAUGGUUCCAGUUGCUACACAGUCAGCCUUCUUUACCUUUAUCUCAAUGUUCAUCGUCGCUGCGCUAUUCAUCUCACAUCCUCCAACAUUAUUCGUUGCUACAUUCAGUAUCCUCAGCACGAGCAUAGGAGUGUUCGGAAUUAUGUCCUUUAGAGGAGCUGAACUCGAUCCGAUAAUGAUGUCAGCCACGGUGAUGAGUAUCGGCUUCUCCGUCGACAUCCCGUCACACAUCGCUUACCAUUACUACCAAACAGGUUGGCAAGGAAUCAAAAAGUGUGCGGGAUCGGUUGGAGAGAACUAUCGCCUCUGUUGGAUUUCCUAUCCUACAGGCGUCAAUAUCGACGAUUCUAUGCGUACUCAGCUUGUUUUUCGUAAAACUGCACAUGUCACA